UAAAAAGUCUUUGUUUAAAGAAGAAGAACCAAAAAAGUGAAAUCGGAGAGACCGAAAACCCUAGAUUUGUGAUCCGAUGAGUGGAAAAGGAGAGAAUUCCGAUGAAUCAACUGGGAGUGGAUCAUCAAACAGGACGGCGGCGGCGGUGGAGGAUCAUGGUGGUGGUGGUGGAGCAAGUCCUUCAAGUGGAGUAAAUGAGAAACCACAACAAAAUAAAGAGAAAUCAAGAAUGAGUAAAACAUCAUUGAUACUAUGGCAUGCUCAUCAAAAUGAUGUUGGUGCUGUGAAAAGAUUAUUAGAAGAAGAUGAAACACUUGUUAAUGCUAGAGAUUAUGAUAGUAGAACACCUCUUCAUGUUGCUUCUCUUCAUGGUUGGAUUCAGAUUGCUAAUCUUCUUCUUGAUCAUGGCGCUGAUGUUAAUGCUCAAGAUCGAUGGAAAAAUACUCCCUUAGCUGAUGCAGAAGGAGCUAAGAAGCACGAUAUGAUUAAGCUGCUGACUGAUCGUGGUGGCAAUUCUUAUGGACAAACUGGAAGCCAUUUUGACUCAAAGCCAGUUCCACCUCCUCUCCCCAACAAGUGUGACUGGGAGAUCGACCCGACUGAGCUGGAUUUUUCGGGCUCAAAUCUUAUAGGAAAGGGCUCUUUUGGCGAAAUUGUGAAAGCUGGUUGGCGUGGAACACCAGUUGCUAUCAAACGUAUUCUACCAUCUCUUUCGGAUGAUAGAUUGGUGGUCCAGGAUUUCAGGCACGAGGUCAAUUUAUUAGUGAAAUUACGUCACCCCAAUAUUGUCCAAUUCCUUGGAGCAGUCACUGAAAGAAAGCCUCUGAUGUUAAUCACCGAGUAUCUUCGAGGGGGUGAUCUUCAUCAGCAUCUGAAGGAAAAGGGCGCCCUCACUCCAGCAACAGCUGUUAAUUUUGCAUUAGACAUUGCCAGUUGGAUUCUGCUCGCAGAUACAAACAAAGAGCUUAUCUCGAACACAAACAAGGGAAUGGCAUAUAUGCACAAUGAGCCAAACGUCAUAAUUCAUCGAGACCUGAAGCCAAGGAAUGUCCUCUUAGUCAACUCAAAUGCAGAUCAUUUGAAGGUUGGAGACUUUGGAUUAAGUAAGCUCAUCAAUGUGAAGAAUUCUCACGAUGUAUACAAAAUGACUGGAGAGACAGGAAGCUACCGGUACAUGGCCCCUGAAGUUUUCAAACAUCGGAAAUACGAUAAGAAAGUUGACGUUUUCUCUUUCGCAAUGAUAUUAUAUGAGAUGCUUGAGGGGAACCCACCAAUGGUGAAUUAUGAACCAUAUGAGGCAGCAAAGUACGUGGCAGAUGGACAUAGACCCGCUUUCCGUUCAAAAGGCUACCUCCCAGAACUGAGAGAAUUAACGGACCAAUGCUGGGCUGCUGACAUGAACAAAAGACCAUCUUUUCUUGAAAUUCUCAAGAGGCUAGAAAAAACCAAGGAAAACCUAGUACCAGAACACCAUUGGAGCCUCUUCAACUCAUCAUAGUAGGUAGAUCCAGCGGUAAACUGGCGUACGGACCUUCCUGGGGACCAACCCCUUUGGUUUUAACUCUCCUGUAUCUCUUUUUGCAAGCUUGAUUUUUCCCAUCUACUCAUGAAUUACCCAUUCAUAUUGCUGAUUUCCGACAAGGGGUUGGAAGUUUUAUUGAAGUGUGCUGUUUCUGUAUUGUCAACUUGUCAAGAUCAUCCCGACAAAGGUUAAAGUGUAAUUAGAAUUCUCUUGCUAUAUAUCGAUGUAACAUCUCAACUGUUAUGACCCUUUAUACAACAGUAUUGACUGUACUAAAUUUAGGAACUAUUUUUUUGUGAUGAAGA